GUACGGUGGAGAAUAUGGCGGCGCUGCUGCAACAUGGAAGCCGCUACAGUAAACACAUCCCCAUCGGCCGGCUCUGGGCUCUGUGUUCUCGGAGCGUGUCUGUACACCGUGGCAGGGACAACACGCUUUUCAGUGGCAGGUUAGGGAAGAUCCCCAGGUGGAAUAGCUGUGCUGGAUGGCGGAUGAUCGUGCAGCCCAGACAGGGAGUGAAGUCACAACUCCUUCAGGAAAUCCUGAACAGACCCCUAAGUCCAACAUUUCUAGGGCUGAGCAAAGUUAUCGCUCGGAAAAGUUUACUUACUGAUCCAGUGGGAUUAUGGAGGAGUCUUGAUGCUGUCAGUUAUUUCAGCACAUCCUCUGGUAGACAACAGAAGAAAGAUGGGUUGAAAAAGAAAUCGCCCAAAGAAGAAGAAGAGGAAAAGAAGAGGCGUGAGCAGGAGAAUCAGAUGUACAAGGAGCGUCUGCGCAUUCUCUUCAUCAUUGCUGUUUGCAUGAGCCUGCUGAACGUGUUCACCACCAAUGGGGGGAACAUCUCCUGGAACGACUUUGUAAAUGAGAUGUUGGCCAAAGGCGAGGUGGCAUGGGUGCAGGUGGUGCCCGAGAGUGAGAUUGUGGAGAUCCACCUCCACCCUGGGGCUGUGAUUUUUGGGAGGCCUAGACUCGCCCUGACGUACCGCAUGCAGGUGGCCAACAUUGACAAGUUUGAGGAGAAGCUGCGUGCUGCAGAGGAGCAACUCCAUAUCGACCCCAAGGACAGAAUACCGGUGUCCUACAAGCGCACAGGCUUCUUUGGGAAUGCCCUCUAUGCACUUGGCAUGGCUGCUGUCGGCGUUGGAAUCCUGUGGUACAUCUUCCGUCUGGCAGGGAUGGGUGUAAGAGAGGGCGGAUUCAGUGCUUUUAAUCAGUUAAAAGCAGCAAAGUUCACCGUCGUUGAUGGAAAGUCUGGGAAAGGUGUGAGCUUCAAAGAUGUCGCUGGGAUGCACGAAGCCAAGAUGGAGGUGAAAGAGUUUGUGGACUACCUGAAGAAUCCAGACAGAUACUUAAACCUGGGAGCGAAGGUACCCAAGGGUGCGCUGCUGCUUGGGCCACCAGGCUGUGGCAAAACACUGCUGGCGAAGGCAGUAGCCACUGAAGCCCAGGUGCCCUUCCUCGCCAUGGCUGGCUCGGAGUUUGUGGAGGUGAUUGGAGGCCUUGGUGCUGCGAGGGUGAGGAGUUUGUUUAAAGAGGCGAGAACACGGGCACCCUGUAUCGUCUACAUUGACGAGAUCGACGCUGUGGGUAAAAAACGGUCCACUAACAUGUCCGGCUUCAGUAACACUGAGGAGGAGCAGACCCUUAACCAGCUACUUGUGGAAAUGGAUGGAAUGGGUACCACUGAUCAUGUCAUUGUCUUGGCGUCCACCAACCGAGGAGACGUUUUGGACAAUGCGCUGAUGAGACCAGGCCGGCUAGACAGACACAUAUUUAUUGACCUUCCCACUCUCCAGGAGAGAAAGGAGAUCUUUGAGCAGCACUUGAAGAUCCUGAAGCUUUCCCAUCCUGCAGAUUUCUACUCCUUGCGUCUGGCUGAGCUCACACCUGGCUUCAGUGGUGCUGACAUUGCAAACAUUUGCAAUGAAGCCGCUCUUCAUGCAGCCCGCGAAGGCUACAAGUCCAUCGAUACCUUUAGUUUUGAAUAUGCUGUAGAGAGAGUUAUUGCAGGCAGUGUGAAGAAGAGUAAGAUCUUGUCCAAAGAGGAGCAGAGGGUGGUGGCCUUCCAUGAGUCGGGCCAUGCUCUUGUUGGCUGGUUGCUGGAACACACAGAUGCCGUCAUGAAGGUGUCUAUAGCUCCCAGAACCAACGCGGCUCUAGGCUUCGCCCAGAUCCUGCCCAAGGACCAGUACCUGUUUACCAAAGAGCAGCUGUUUGAGAGAAUGUGCAUGGCUCUGGGUGGAAGAGUUUCUGAAGCCAUUACAUUCAACAAAGUCACCACAGGUGCUCAGGAUGAUCUGCGAAAGGUGACACGUGUCGCCUAUGCUAUGGUGAAGCAGUAUGGCAUGGUGCCCAGUGUGGGCCACGUGUCCUUCCCUGAAACUGAGGAACAAGCUGGUAUCGGGCGCAGGCCCUUCAGCCAGGGCCUUCAGCAUCAGAUGGACCAUGAAGCGAAGAUGCUAAUUGCACGUGCAUACAGACACACUGAGAAACUGCUCCUGGACAACAGGGAUAAACUUGUACUGCUGGCCAAUGCGCUUCUUGAGCGAGAGGUGGUGAACUACGAUGACAUCGAGGCUCUGCUCGGUCCCCCUCCACAUGGACCCAAAAAGGUGAUCGCCCCUCAGAGCUGGAUCGAAGCUGAGAAAGAUAAACAGGACACGGGAGAGGACGAGCCUCCCAUACCCCCAAGAGCUCAGAGGAAGGACGAGGAAGAGGAGCUUGAGAACCUGCAGCCUGUGUGAUCCUCAGAGUAUAUAAUCAAAAAGGGCAUAAAAAAAGAGUGCAAAUCUCCUGCACAUUUUACGUGUGGGUAGUGGGUACUGUGUGCUGCUUGGCAUAGAAGGGAAGAAGGGUACUCUUCUGAGGAUCAGUGUGAAGGUGGCACUUAGGAGAAAGGAGGGUAAAUAUGAUUACCUGUAGUGUUUUAAAAACUGUAGCAGCUUAAAGCAGUCGUCUGCUUAUGCUUAAGUGGAAAUGGACAUCCCUUAAUUAAUUAAUUGUGGGCUAUGCACUGUUUAUUUAUUUUUGACAUGGUGUAUGUAAUGAGGUGAAGCUUCUGUGACUAGUCGUACUGACAUGCUUUAGAAACGUUGAUUUAGAAGUAAUACUUAGUGUCGCGGAUGAGAUUUGAGCUCCACAUGUUGAAUACAUGUAAAAGGUUUUGUAUAUUUUCCUUUAAAGUGCAUGUUCUGUUAUACAGAUGUUUUUAUUUUUGUAUUCAGUAAGUCCGACAGCACUGCGUUUGUUCUUUUAUUCUGAAGUUAUUUCACAAAAUACAUCA